AUGACGACCCAGCUACAGUUCACUACAGCAGACACAAACGGACGGUUAAUCGAACCGAUCAGUACUCCGGUGGCGGUUAAACGCCGUUUAUUCGAUGACGAAAAUCCGUUUUGGGACAGCGACUAUCAGAAUCUUACGGGUGUACUGCCGUUGCCGGAAUUGGCAGGAGACAAUCCGGAAGACCGUCUUCGCGGCAGUACUUGCACGUUUACCGACCUCACAUUGACCGACAGCAGCCAAAUAUCUGUUACCAGUAGUAUUGCUAUCGAAAAGACACCCUCUGCGGCAAACUCGGUGCAAAAAGAACCGACCGACCAAACUUUGACGCAAAAACAUUUGGACGUGACCUCCUUCUACGGACUACAGAGACCGAAUUGCACGUUGAAAAACGUCAAAUGGUUCAAACGGAACGACGGUAAACGCCAGUACAAAAAUACCAAAGUUUUACGAGCCAAGCUCAAGUCGUCAAUUUCCCAGCUAGGUCGGAAAAUGCGGAACAAGUUCAUUUUUUUCAAGGCUGCGGAUAGCAAAAAAAAACCGAAAACCUCUAGGAAAAGAUCGGCUAAAAAGAACUUGCCGCCUAACCGGUACCCCUUGACAGAAUGCAUUCCUAUGUUGAAAACGUUUGACAUAUGCCACCAAAAAGAAUCGUCAGUAAAAGUCGAAAACGCAUCGUUCGAAGAGAAUUGGACUUUUUUCAAUUUACCCGGACCAAGCAAAGAGAAUACGGAGGACAACGCUUUUUGCGCGUACGAUCCGCUGCUAGACUGCGAUUUUGCGGACGAAGACGACGAGUUCGACAACAUACCGUCGAUCGAUGCCAUCAUCGAGAGUUUGUUCAAAGACGAAUCGGAUUGGCACCAAAACGACGACGGGUUCGCUUUCGAUCCCAGUUUCUUAGGCGAGACUACAAAUGGUGGUCAGACAAUAGCAUUGUCGUCGUCGACCACCGAAGUCCUUACUGAUGAACUCGAAGAAUUACAAAUCGCAAACGCGUACCAAGUAAACGACGAUAACGCGCCGUUGUCGGAUGACUUUUUAAACUUGUAGGGAACAAAAUAAUUAACCGCCUUUUCUAACAACCAAAAAA